GAAUAUAAGUGAUCCAUGCGAUCACUAGCUUGGUUGUACUCUGUCUGCAUCUUACAAGCAAGAAUCCAGAAAUGUCAUGGGGCUUCGUUGCCCUUUCGGCCCACCGGCCCAUUUCACGAUGCUGAGGUGCUGAGCUGCUGCUACCCCCCCUGGCUUGGCUGUGGCCGCCGCGACACCGGCGAUUGGAGGGAGGAAGGAAGAGGUCGCCGCCCGCUCUGGCCUCUGGACGACGACGACGGUGCACUGCUCGCGGCCCGCCUACCUCGUCGCCGGCUUCUCCCAUCCCAAACUCUCUCCCUCCGCCGGUCCGCCCCCAAGGAUAAGGCAUUGGUAGCCAUGGUGUGGGAAGCUGGUCUGUUCUUGAGCUUGGGUCGGCCAACGCAGGAGCAGCAGAAGUCCUGCCUUGCAGCGGCCGGUGGCUUCAACUACGACGCAGAUCUCCGUGGCGCCACACGCCCGAAAUCUGAAGCAAGUGACAAGGCUCUUAUGGAGCGCGGCUUCUUUGUGAACCGAUCGCGAGUUCUGAUCGGGUCGGGUGCCGGCACCUUCAUCCAGGCCAAAUCCGCGCUCCUGUCUUGGAGGCAUUUGUCACUGGGUUGGGCGAAUGUGGAGCCGGAGACAGCGGUGAAGGUGGGAACGAGGUUCUGCAUCUGCUACAAGGAGGUGAUCCCAUUCCCCUGGGUGAUGCUGCCGCUGCAGAUUGCCUAUGUGAUCGACCGCGAUGGCGAUGGCGAUGGCGAUGGCGAUGGCAGAUCCAAGUCCAAGUCCAAGUCCAUGUCCAUGUCCAAGGGGAGCGGGGGCGGCGGCGGCAUGUUUGCGUUCGGUAGCGGCACGCUGCAAGGCCAUCUGCUGGCUGGGGAGGAGCGUUUCUCGGUGGAGGUGGACGAGGAGGACCGGGUGUGGUACGAGGUGGUGUCCCUGUCGAAGCCGGCGCACAUCCUCGCCACGCUCUGCUACCCCUACGUGCAGCUCAGGCAGAAGCAUUUCGCGCGCCAGUCGGGGCAGGCCAUCCGAAGGCAUCUAUCCACCGCCAAGUAGAAGUAGCUCAUUUGUAUUUGUUUAUUUGGUUCCAAUCACCAACAACAAGUUUGUAUUUCAUAUAUUUUCCUGAAAAGUCAGUCGUAGGGCAAAGAAAAUUAAGGUGGUUCACAGUUGUUUGUUUGUUUA